CUCGCUAAUGCGUAGCGCGCCGUUAAGACCAACCAUAUUUACUUUCUCGCGCCAGCGAGGGCCCAAUUGACAAAACACCUGACAAACUACGCCAAAAACAAUUUAUUCAACUGCACAGCUUUAUUUACACUUUGUGACGGCAAGGUGAACCCACUGGUGACUAAUUUGGUUCUUUAUCACGGGUUUUGCAGUGUCGACCUUGGGUACCUUUCUGCUAUUUGGGCAAUAAUACGCAGUUUGUGGUGACCAUGUUAAAUAUUAAAGCCCUGAGUGCUUUUGUAAAAUUCAUGGCAUAUGUCAUUUCACGUCAGGUGGUUUAAAAAAGCACGAGACAAAAACGACAUUAGUCUGCUUCGAUUUAUGACAUCUUUGCCGGCGUGGCUCGGAAGCAAGUUCUUGAAUAGAACAGUGAUGUACAACCCAACACAGACUUAAAGGCGCUUUACCUGCUUGGACUUCGUUUCUCUUGUAUGCAAAAUAAGAAGUUGAUGGACACAUAGAGGCACUUUACGUACUAAUUGCGUCUAUCUCAGUGUCUUAUAAAUUGACAAAUUUGACCGGUGAAAAUGAGGCAGGAAAACUCACUGGGCUAGGAUGUGAGCUACUCUUCAACGUUACACAUCUAUCACAUCACUCGGGUUUACUGUUUGUAAAAAUCUCAGAAUCGAUUUUUCUACUCAAGGAAAUAUAGCAUGAAUCUUAAAAUAUGGUUGAAAACCCUUGUUCUUUAAAAAAGAGAACCAUCUAAAAACAAAAGAAAGACUAGUAAUUUUAAAUCAAGGAAAAUCAUUUGUCUGCAACCGAACAACUUUCAUUUACUUUAAUUAACGUACGAAAGAAACAUUUGCAGAUUCACUGCUGAUCUGUUUAAAUUCGCUUUUAUUAAUUUGAACACCAGAUCAACAUCUUCCGAAUAUAUUUAUGUAUUUUAAGAAAUUUAAGCCUCGAUUAUUAUUUUGAUGAAAAUAAAAGGCAAACGUAAACAAGGUUGGCAGGAAACUAAUUGAAACAGGCUUUCAAAAGAAGAAAGAGGGCGAUAGAUUAUUGACAAAUGUAAGAAUUGCAAAUUUUCAUCAUCAGUCACAAUAAAAUUAAACAAAAUUUGCCAAGUCAGAUAUGAACUUGCGAAAAAAUAUUGGAACAAUUUUUAAUGAAGAUCUCUAGCCUUGUUUUCAUAAACGCCCCAAGGUGGAACACUGUUGAUAUGUUGUCCAUCAAAACAAGUCUCGCCUUUGUUUUAUUGGACGAAAUUUUAAACUUCGCCGCCCACCUCAUCAAAAUACAAUAGAACUGUCAAACAAAAUGCACUUUAGCACGACCGUCAGUUGUCAAUAGUAGACACGGUAUAUUUUGAUGUAAAUCAGCAACGUGAAUGAUAAGUUGACCACGUGCACCUCUUAUCUACUGGAAGAUAUAAGCCAUGAAAGAUACACCAUUGAUCAGUGGCGUGCGGUAUGUUUCCGGUAGCAGACAUAAACGCCAGAACAGGUAAUGACGAUACUAAGUGUUCGGUUGGCCUCUCUCGUGCACAAACCCCCAACAAACUGAAACCGUUUUCUUUCGGUGUGACUUUCACAGCAUGAAACGCUAAAUCGGUUUAGCGAAAGCUAGGACCGCGUAGAGUGUAGAAGAGCGACGCUGGAACGAGCUGGGAACAGACAGCAGCCAGGGUAAACACAACCAACAAUCAUUUGCGGAUUAGGCGAUUACUGCGAAGUCUUGCUGCGUUUGGUGAGGUAGGAUGGCGUUGAAUAUUCUAAUGUUUACAAUCAAUUUGCGUGCACAGUAGAGAAAAUGCCAGGCUGGGCCUGGCGUAGGAGCAUAGUCGUUAAGCUGGGAAAUUUACGACGUUGCAUUGCGACAUGCACAAGUCGCUGUUAUCUUCAAGGACCGCUUGCGUGUUUUAGCGAAGCUGUUCAAAUUCGCUUGACGCUAAGCCGUUGAACUAUUUGCUAUUCGUCAAAUUUCAGUCUGGAAUGAUACAAAAUUUUCUGAUUUUGAUCAUCGAUCGAUAGUGUAGGAAAAAUUCUUAUUUGAAGCACGGAAGAGUCUACAACAUUGUCAUGCAUGCCGUAAUUUUGUUGCUAUCGCGAAUAAUAAAUUGGCCCGCAAACCUCCGUGACCUACCUCCGCCACUGAUUGGCAACCUGAUCUUAUUUAUACUUUUCCUAGCCGUGACGAUGCGUUGUGUUUUGGCAAAUGAGUGAAUGAAGGAAGAAUCUUCAGCUCCGCCUCAAAAGUUGUUUAUUCCACUCGCUGUACGAAGCGACCAUGUAGUUUGCAUAAAAUUUACCCACCAAAAUUUUCGUAAUCCAUUCAAACAUUUUAAUUAUUGCAACGAUUUUAAGUGGAGGCAAAGACGCAUUUUAAUCAAGAAAUCGCCUAAGCCGAUGAUAGGAGUAUGUAAGUACAAAAUUAAGCUUUGGUUUGUGUUAUAUUCAUAAACUGUAAGAAGAGGGAGGAGAUAUUUAUUGAUAAUUUUCACGGAUGUCUUUGGAAGCCUUCCAUUUGUUGAGACAAAACUGUAAUGAUUUUGUUGACGUCGAUUGUCACGGCUCGCAGCCAACCAUCAAAUAUUGAGAUUGACAUAUUCAAUACAACUCUCCACGUGUCUUAUUGGAAAACCAAACAUAGGGGCGUAUUCAGGGAGGGAAAUGUAUUGUCACGGCGUAAUUACUGUAAAAACAGAAUAUUCAAUUAGGAAAUUUGUCAGCGCUGAACGAUCGAUGGCCAAUGCGUGUUGUAGAAUUCAAUUUAUUCGGGUCGGCAGCAAACAUGUCCUAAGCAAUAUUGGGCCUUCAAAUGUUUUUCCUGCUUGUCAGGUUGUUGUCACUUGCACAUGUAAUUUUCACCCAACGGUGCCAGAUGUGUGAAAAACGACUUGUGAAAGUCGCAAAAUUUGCAUAUGGAUUGGAAGAAUGAUACGGUCUUAAUGUAUGUAAACGUCCAACAAGGAGGUAGUUUAGUUGCUUUGAGACGAUAUCAAUGCAAUUGACAUCGUGGUUUUUUUUUUUCUCGUUUUGUUCAUUAACAUAUCACUGGCCACUAAUUUGUUCGCAGAGUUCAGACGAAGUAGGUUAAAUCUGUUAAGUAAACAUGAUUAUGUCGACGGGAGGUAAAUCGCAGCUAAAAAACCCAUUGAAGGUUUGUUUCAUGACCUCCCCGGGUGUCAGGGGACAGCGUGAUGUAUUCCGAGACACUUAAUACGGCGAGAUGUCGUCUUAUACGUUUUAGCUUUCGUGUUUCACAGUUCCUGUACAUCUGCUGAGCGCUGGAUUCUCCAAGGAACAAAUUAGCAGUCCCUUAUUGGCCCAGUAGUUUGUCAUUGUUUGACUUUCAAUGGACACAACAGGACCAAACGUUAAUUGAAUAUUACAGCACAAUGUAACAAUAUAAUUGUGGACAAUUAAUUAUAUGUCUUAAAUGGUUUAAGCGAAACAUUGCCUUCGGAUCGCUGGCGGGCACAUAUCACCUGAAGAUAUAAGUGCGGUCCGAACGCUCUCGCCUCAUUCCAUUCUUGUCAAUUUCAGGACAACAGACAUUCCAUGAAGAGAAAAGAGAGAUGGAAACAUGUUUGGUGUGUCUAUGUGGUCUGCUAAUAGCCUCCGGCGUCCUUUCAUCGACAGCCGAUGGUAAGCAUAUCUGCUUUCAACAGUUCUACUCACUGGUGCAAAUUUAUCUUCUUGCGCAUAAUACUUCAGGCGACAUGUUGCUGGUUAGCGCAUAUCUUGAACCUCAAAUGAGGUAGACUGGAGUACUUUUUCCCUCCAUGGCGUGUUCUUUCUAUUCAGAGCGUUGACAUCCUAAGUUAAAGGCCGUUGGACGGAUCCAAAUCACAAUUUAGUAAUAGUUGACAAAAGAGCGUUUAAAUUCUAGUUAAUGUAAAUUAUCUUUCUCCGACCGCAGCGUAAAUACAUAACAGACAUGCCAUAUUGGAACUGUUAAGCGUAAACGUAAACUUGUAUUCAAAAAAUAACUGAUAAUUUUUUUCUUCUUUCAGGUAAUUUUGGAAAACGACCACUCAAAGGUCUUGCCGUAAAUUUACACCCAACCUCAUUGGAAGUUCUUGGCGGCAAUGUUACUUUGUCAUUCCAAUUUCCCAACAAUUUCACUGGAUUUUUUGGUAACCGAACUUUCUACGUCUUCGUCCACGAAAACGCUACUGACAGAAAACUUUUUAAAACAACUGUACCGCUAGAUCGCCGAGAAAUUUCUGUCAUUUUACCAUGUGAAAUCUUCGACCACCCAGACAUAUAUAGCUUUAAGUAUCGCAUUUCGGACAGUGAAUAUGGAGGGGUUAUCUCACAGAAACUGAAGCUCCAAUGGGGAAGAAUCAUCAUCGAUUCACCGACGAACCACACGGUCUUAACCCGGUUAAAAUCGAUCAAAAUUCGACAUGAUCGCAAAUGUUUGCCAAAGGCAUACCGCGAUGAACUCAAUCUUUAUUACGUCCAAGGUGGCAGCAAGUCGAUGUUUGUAACUCGAAAAUACAUUCGUAAACUGUCCAGUGGCAAGAAAAGAAUUCCUAAAAUGCCCCAAAUUCGAAUGGGUUUUUCCUGCGAUUUCUUCGACGCGCAAGGAGUGUACUUCUUCGAGUAUCGCACUGGCUACGCUAAUGUUACCCUGGCAAAAAGUGCAGCGGUCUACGUCAAUUGGGGUAAACAAACUCUCUUUUCUCCUGUCUCGACGAUUUUUCCAUGCACAAACUCUCUGGCAAUAUCAUUCACUCCACCGAGCUGCUCGUAUGCACGAAUUCAAGAUGCUAUAGUCCUCGUCAAGAAAGAUUCCAAGAAACCCAUUGUGCGAAAAGCCGUGCAGCAAGGGCACGAUGUGACAUUUUUCUUGUGCACACUGUUCAAAGAUUACGUGGAAGAAUACUGCUUUCAUUACACUACAACGUCAAGGCUCACGAAGAGUACUGUGGCUGUUGCAUCUCUCUGUCUGCCAUCAGGUAAGUAGAGCGGUGAUUUUAUCUGAGAUAAACUAUAAUUAUUGAACGGGAACCUCUGACCUUGGUAAUUACAUGGAAUGUUGUAAAACACUGAUUUUUCUGCUCGUAAAUACAGCCUUGCUAAUGGUUUGUUUUUGCUGUUAAAUUUGUUUUUCUUUAAGUGCACUCUCUGUAUUCUUUAGUAAGCGCUUUGAAUUUUCAUUUGCUGUCACUUAGUAUGGUUUUAGUUGUCGAAAACAGUUGCAGGGAAAAAUUGGAAGGCGUGAGAAGUUCAUUACAAACAUGUUACUGCUUCAGACACUUUUUGCGAUACGAACCUACGAAAUGUGAAGUAUUUAGGUUUCACUCUAAAAACAUUUUAGAAAUGUUUUUAUUUUUGGAUUUUUGUGUGUUUCAAGAUAAAUUGUUGCUUAAGUUUUGUGGAUGUUAUUCAUAACGUAAGUUGCGUCUAAUAUUUCAGUUCAGUUCACGUAGUGAGAGCUCGAUUUUCAGCGUUAAUGACAAACAAAUGACGUGAAAAUUACACGGGAAGGAAGAGGUUUUUUAUCAGAGGCGUAGACGAGGUAUUGCUCCAAUUAGCACCAUUGUGUGACACGAUUCUAUAAAGCUGCUAAUAUUUUCGCUUCAUAAUGGAAAUUCAGCUCAGUAAGAAGUCAGCUGAUAAUUAGUUCGAUUCAUUUCCAUGGAAAAGAAUAGCUUUUAAGUGACGUAGGGAAUCCCUUGACAAGUAUGAAUGCUGUAUAUUGAGGUCGCGUUUUGUUGUGCUUCACAAAAGACAAAUCAACCAGGUCGGCUUGGUGAAUCAAGUGCCCACGGUUACUUUUGGCCAAAAUAAAACACAGCAAAAGUUUCAAACAAUAGACAGGCUAAAUAUUGACUCAACAUUCAAUUAUGCCUCCCGCAAUGACUUAAAACAACAGCUAGUCUAUCAUCAGUGUACAAACAACGUGGUCGGAAGGCAAACUCUUUCAAGUGUACGGCAGACUGCACACGUUGUGUUUGGCAGAGUUAGAGGUAAUUCCGGCUCCGGAAAAUUAGAAAUACAACUCUUGAAUAGCUUGGACUUCAAUUUUCCUGUUGUCUUUUUUUGUUGACCUUUGGUAAAGCCGGAUGAAGGCAAAACGCAGCUAGAAUUUUAAAAGUACCAAGUGGCUGCAUGCGUUUUUGGGAUCGAUUAAACUCAAGGGAAGGGCAGACAUUUGAUUUCAGUCCAGCAGUUAUGCGCUCGUGCUUGCAUCGACAUUCGAACUGAAUAUACAUUUGCAAAGUAACGACAGAGUUCUAACGCAUCAAGGUUCGCUGAAAGUCAGCCAUAUUUUCUUUUUCUUUAUUUGUAAACAGGAAAUUCGGGUGGGUACGACUUGGCGUGAGUUGUGUUGUUGUCUUUACUAAGGUCUCAACCAGAUUUCUAAGGGGUAAUCUUGCCAAGAAUGUUGAGAUUAAAAUCAGCCGAUCUUUGCUCCACUUUAAAACGUGACAAGCUAAACAAUCAAAUCAAAAUAGAGUUUAAAAAACUGAGUAACCGCAGUUAUAAUUUUAAAAGUGUUUUUUUAAGAAUGGAGGCUAUGUGUUCUCUCUGAAGUGUUUAUUUCAGUCCAAGAGCGACACAUUUUUUUAUGAUUUCCCGUUUUCUUUUGUGAAAUUUAAUCCACUUAGGAAAAGGCCAGCCGGUUUGAAGUGCUAUUGUGUUGUAGCGGAUGACUUGUAAUUUCCCGUUUUUAGUACGUUAUCUGUUUAGAAAAAAAAUGGCCUAUAAUUGGAUGGUCCAAGGUUAUUUGUAUAUCGCUUCAAUUUCGUGUUGCUCUAGUUUUUAUCGUCGUUCAUUGUAUUGUUUACAAGAAAAAAGUUCUCAUUUUGUCGUGGAUCGGUAGGAUAAUGCAUAUAAAAUUUCGCUUCAAUUUGUCUGACAAAGGAACCAGUAUUUGUAAUAAAUUACAAGAAAGUUUUCUUCUUCCUUUCCUUCGGCUUUGUCACUGAUGUGGAUUGGGGAAGGGAGAGGGUACGUUAGGAACGAGAAGGGAAAUCUAUUUUUUUUUAUUCAUUUUUUCCAAGAUUGUAAUGACGUCAGAAAUAAAUGCUCCAAAUUUGUAACAAAGAUCACCCAGGGUUCUUAGCGGUAAAGACAUGCAGUGUUCACGUUACUAAGAUAUUCUGGAAAAGCGUGCUUAGUUCACACGACCCACCAUUGUUUGAGGACUUUGUAAGCUCCAGACAUGUGGUAAUUUCAGCCUUAAAAUGGUUAUCAUGGUAACUUACAUGUAUCCAAACUAAUGUAAUAUUCAAAAGUCGUUCGUGCCCUGAGCGUGUUGCACUGGCAAGCUAAUAUAACAGCCCAUAAAACCCUAAGUGUCUUAGUCUGAGAAGAUCCCAGUGAACUGUGUCAAGCAAGUGAUUAAACACUCGCCCAAACACGUAAACUAUUUUUAAAAUUAGAGAAAAAUGGAAAUUAUUCAUUCGGUUGUCAGUUCUAAAAAAAAGCAGCUUCUAAUAACAGCAUUUGCGAUGUGCAUUGAAAUUAAUUGUGAAUUGAAAGCAGACGUUUCAGCUUUUAUGGAUUUCUUGUUUCCAAGGCUAAAAUCACGAAAGCUUUAUAUCAAGGACUCAGUCCACUCUGAGUAGAUAUUGACAAUUUUAAUACCAGCUGCUGUGAUAAUUUCUCGUGAUUGCUGUGACUAAUUAUAGAACUUUGUUUUCAACACUUCGAAAUAUAAUAAUCUGUACUAAUCGUGAUGGAAGUUUCAAAGCGAAAGAGAAAUUAUGCUUGUCGCCUAUUCUGCACAAACAGUUAUAGAUGUGAACAACUUGCCUAACUUUUCGUUUUGAGCUGAAGUCUCAUUUCAUGCCAAGAGUGUAGAUUAAAUAAAAUAUUAUGUCAACUUGGGCGUGUAGGGUUUUUGAUAAUCAGAUUAGCUGCCCUGGAGGUCAUUUCGGUGCGGGAUUAGGAAUGACUGAUUUUACUUUCAAACACAUGCUGUUGUAUGAAAUUUACCCGUGUCUCUAUGUAUUUAGCAAACUACUCGGCAGCUGUAUCAGAGCGCCAUGGCGUGCACAUGUAGUAGUAGUGAUGGUUGUUAAGCAAAAAUUAAAGGAGGGAUACAUGUUGUUCAAACUUAAACUCUCGAUCUAGAUAAGUUUAAGCCUGAAAAAUUUACCAUAUGAGGGAUGCUGAAUGACCAGCAAAUUCGCGAGUAACAUUUAUUGCGACUUUUCCACGAUAUGAAGUCUAUGAUUUUGUCUGCUUUCCUCGCGAAUUAAAAAAAACCAUCAGUUAAAGCUUCUGAAGUUAAAGAUCAGGGCUUUUUGCGGUAUUUUUCGAGGCCUACAGGCGAGUUUUCCCGAGACUGUACAGCCAAAAUAUAUUUGACUGAAAUUCUUUGCGACGUUUAUAACUCAAUUCUUAAAACGUUGCCGUCAGUCUGAAAGCGUAUACUUUUCAGUCACUAACUUUGUUUGCCCCAGUAAACAAGUUUAUUGGGGUAAAACCUCUUUGUUAAGAUUUGGCGUUUUCAGUCAAAGAUACCUUUAAAAGUCCUAUUUAUUAUUAUCUGAUAGGAGUGGCUUUGGUUGACAACCAAUCUGUAUUGGAGAGUCUAGGAGGGACAAACUUUGACAAAUUGAGAAUUCAGUAUCGCGGAGGGUCAUGUAAAAUGUACCAAUUAAGGGAAGACAUCAUCGUUAAUUUAGGAAAUGGAAUAUAAGACGUGAAUGUAUUUUUGAGGUUCGCCUUUUCUGCGGUAAUCCAGUAUCAUUGCAACAUUAAGGUCGUUAGGAGUGUUUUUUUUUCUAAGAUAGUGUUCCUUGAUUAACCAAUGUUUUUAAUUGCUGAGCGUCGCUAAGUUUUUAAUUUUGAGGUUGCCUAAGCGUUUAAAAUCUGUAGAAGAAAUGUCUCUUGAUUCAGGCUUUCGUGAAUUUAGAGUAACAAGAGGUUGUGAUUCUUGUUGUCACGAAUCUGGUCACGCUAUCUACAUACGAAGGCACGUGUUUACCACUUGUUCGAGUUAUUUAUAAGGUCUCGAUAUGUUCUUCGUUUGGUAUGAUUGGAGAUGAAAUUCACGAGCUUGUGGUCUUGUUAUGUAAUACAUAUUUGACCAAAGGGGUUUGUAAGAGCCCUCAAUCCUCUUAGGUAGCAAAGAGGGUUCUGGAAAAAAGAAUUUGUCGAAGCUAUUUUAAAACUCAUUAAUGAUACUCAAGAUCAGACAACACGGCGCCUCUAUCAGGUGCCAAUAUUUUUCUUUGUUUUCGUUAGCUACACAGUUUGUUGUCAAAUCGGUGAUGAAUGACGACAAAUUUUAAGCUUUUUUUGCUAUUCCGUAAGAAGUUUUGUGUUAGAAAUUGGAGUUAAGGCCUUUCUAAAUUUCCGCUCAAUAUUCGCCUUUGUCAUUCUUUCUGUUUUUUUUUUUUUUUGGCCCUUAGAGCAAAAUAUAAUGAAUUAAAAAUGUUUGAUAAAUUAGCACUUUGCUAAUAGGCCAUAAUAAUGUCUAGUGUAGAGUGGUUUUUUCCUAAUAGGUAAAAAGCUUUUAGUUAAACGCGAGAUUUUGCUAUGAUUAAUAUUGUCGGUGUGUUGUAUAGGCGAUUACAAGUUUCCUAAAUCUAAGAUUUAAUCAGUUUAGGAGAAACAGGACCCAGGAAAGAGAAAAUAAGGUUAACUUUUAAUCCGUCUUCGUGUCUUGCAAGCGGUGCCUUACAAAAUAUGGAGGGAAGCAGCUUAGAAAUAUUUGGACACUUGUCAGGUCUACAAAGCAAUUAUAAGCCCUCAAGCUACGCUAAAAUCAAUGCUUACAUCGCGAAACCAUCCUUUCUUUUGACUGCUUCGCAUUUUCGUCACAACGAUGACGAAAAAUAAAUAAUUACCCAUUUCCCGCUUCGAUGUCUUGCUUUCGCUCAAUUACGCCAAAUUUAUUCAUUAUUAGAGAGAAAAUGCUGAUUAGUUUUUCUUUUAACAAUCUGUGUCAAAUUUAUUGAAGAGCUCCGGUUGGUAAAAGCAGAAUUACUUUCUAGGUGUUAUGUUUUUUUGUUUGGAGUUCCUUGAAGAAAGUUUGAACUACGAUGACGUUAUAUUUGCUUCAGUAUCUUCUGAGGCUUCCUGAGUUGUGUUAUAUUGUGUAAUGUUUUGAGCAAUAAUAAUAAAUAUAGUUAAUGUAUAAACUGUAUUGCAUGAAACAAUAAAACGACCUUAAACCCGUGAUUAGCUAUUCAUCAACUAAACUUAGUUAAUGGAAGAGUUGUUUGUUGAAAAGCCCGAACUGUAGUAAGUUGAGUUCCCAUUUUGACAUAAGUUGGUCAAUUUGUUUAUUUUUGUAUCAUUUUUAAGAGACGUGAUAUUUUUAGUUGCCUUCCUAUAUUCCAGUUAAUCGAUUUGUGUGUUAGAGACUUGUGUGCAAGCUGGUUUUACUGUUCAUAAGCACAAUUUGGGUGUAUAGACUCACUAAAAUCAAAAGGAGAUGUGACGAGAAUAUUGGUCUUAGAAAAGCUGAAUAGACACAAACGGAAGACGGAAACUUGGCAAGUAUACUUCAAAUGAGACUUUCCGGCGCCGAAUGAUAAAUGACAGAUAUUACUUGCUUUUAGAGAGCUUGUGAUGUUUGGUGUGGUUAACCACGAGGUCACUCAGUUUGCUUCUAACAGAUCAAUACUCUCUUUCUUUGUGUGAAAACAAGUACGUCAGUAGAUUUUGGCACAUGUUCGUAAACAGGAAUCAGGAAACUGGAGGAGAAGCCUCUCGAAGACACUUUUCAAGCACUUUAGCCAGAUUCAAUUCAAAAUGAUCUCACGCAAAGUCGGUUGUGAUGAGUUGAACUAUCCGAUCGGAAAUAGCACCAGAAAUCAAGUUUUCAUUUCAAUCCGAGAAAAAAUUUGAGUUACCAAUUGCAAAAUAAAAGACAUCAUCGACUUUGUUAAAAACUGCCAAGCUCGAAUAGUAAUAGAAAGAUUUGUAAUUCGAAGGAGCCAGAUAUGAGAUUGUGGACUUAUCUUUUUAGCCUUGAAUACUAAAACAUAAAAUGGUGAUAAUAAACUAAAAAUAUGGGAGAAAACCUGAAGAUGGCUAAGAUCAACGGGGACUGAAAAGGACUUUGAUUGAUGAAAUUAAAAAUUGGAUGCUUAAACCGUUUCUUUGCUUUGUUCCUCUUGACUUUUUUAAAGACGACACAGAUCCUUCACUGCGCAUGUCAAUGUCUCUUUUUUUUUGUGUUCUGAUAGGCAAAGCAUAUUAUGAGGGGUGGAGUACGUGGUCCUCUUGGGGCUUGUGUUCUAGCUCUUGUGGGCAGGGGAAGCAGCACCGCUCACGAUACUGUCUGAGUGUCAGCACAUCCAAGGAAAAGGAAUCGACAUGCGAUGGAAGUGCUCUCAUAUCCAGGUCUUGCGCGCUUAAUCCAUGUCCAGGUAUGGAAAUGAUAAAGUUAAGCAUAACUUUUAUAGAAAACGGCAAACGGCUGAAAUUGGACACCUUGUGUCUGCUUUUAGCUAUUUUUUUUCAUCUGAAGUGGAAAUACAUGUAUAAGCUGUGGACAGGGUUUUCUGUUAUUAUUACUACAAAAUUAAUAUAUAGAUUGUACGAAAAGUAAGAUCAGAGCGCAUCAGUGAUGUCGUUCCGUUUCCAUAAAUGAUGUCAGGCCGAUAAUGCACCUGUGCUUGCCACUUGUCUGAGCCUCAAAAAAAGGCCACUGUGUAGAAUACCUCGCGUACAACAGCACAUAUUUUAAUGUUCGUGCACGAACUGACGCUAGGACUAAGUAUCGCAUCUUUGUAUACAAAUGCGCAGAGAGUGCAAAUUGCCACGGGUUGAAGGACAGCACGCGCAGUUUGUGCCGAGAACAACAACAAAUUUGAGCAAUCAAGGUUACUUUGCGCACUACCGAGACCUGUCUAUUUAGCAGUGUUGUGGAGAGGCAUACUUUGGAGUUGAACUCAGCCUAUCAACACAUAGUGCAACUAAAAUACUCUUCAACAUAACCCUCUUCCUUAACAUCAAAAUCAGCAUACGCUGGUGUUCUUGGGUUGAAAUCCUUCGCUUUUCUUAACUAUGUGUUCAUGACGAGAAAGGCCCUCUUUCUUACUAAUUUUGCUUCCGCACUGCCUUCAGCAAUGUGUACCAGUGUAUGUUACAGUAGCUUUUGAUGUUAUGAAACAGUGUUACUGUGGGUGUAAUAUUAUUUUACUCUCGUCAUCGUAAACAGUAGGUAAUUUCGAUUAAAUAGCACUUUAUAGGAUGCAUUCAAUGAAAUUCUCCCGCCUUAGCGCAACUCGUUUGCCCCUCUAUUUCUUUUUCCUGCCAAACUCGAACUAUGUUGUUUCCCGCUUAAAGGUACUCGCUCUCAAAGCGAAUACGAGUCGUUCCCUACAACAAAUCCGGAGCAAAGUGAACCAUUACUAAAAUUCUUGCAUGCUUGUUCUUCGAACUUGGGAACUCAGUGCUUUAAAAAAUUACUUUUAUAAACAGAGUCGGGAACCUCUUGUUCAUGUGGAUGCCGGCUAACAGAACCUCAAGGAAUGAUUACAUCAUCACCGCAGUUGUUCACCCGCCCUGGAAAUCCUAGCUGUACGUGGGUUAUAACCUUAGCAGAAGGGAAAAGGGUGCGUCUAUGGUUUGAUGCCUUAAAAAUGAAUGGAGAUUCCAUUAUAAUUCGUGACGGAAAAGAUCGCAGUGCGCCACAACUGGUCAUUAUAAAUGAUGAUUCUUUCAAAGAGGAAAUAGUCUCAACUGGGAACAGCAUGUACUUAUUUUACAAACACAAUGGGAGAUGGACCAACGGCACACGAAGAGGAUUUACCGCUUCUUACAGCACGGAAAGUAAGUGGGGUGUGCUGUGUUACUCAAAUGCUUUGUGCAGUCCUGCCAAAUGUUAGAAAUUCAGUUGUGAUUCACAGUUACUUCGUUUUAUGGUCAGUUUAACGUAAAAGAGAAACAUUUCCAUUUUAAACUUGUAAAAAGACUUUCUUUCAUGGUGAAAAUUCCUGCUGGUUGCACAGUUAAGUCGUAUUUGAGACAGACCAAAACAUUAUUGAGCGGAACGACCACAUACCGUACGAUCGAGAAAUUUUAACUCGUCAUCAUCCCAACCACUUUAGACUAUUCAGCUCAUCGUGAAAUGAACCGACUAUGGAACAAAGUAUAGAAGAUAGACUUACAGUUACACGAGACAAACCCUUAAAAUCGAGAUGUUGCUUGUAUAGUUAAGUUGCAUUAAUAUAUGUGUGCUGUUCAUUUGAUUUGACUUAAUUUCGUUUUAAGUGACUUCAAUUCUAUUUUUCACAUCCUCGUAGCCGAUGACGAACCAGUCGAGGUGAUUCGCAGAAGGACUUUGGGAACGGCUGCAGUAACAUUUCUUGCGGUCUUCGUGUUUGCUGUGUUGGUUAUUGCGGUUCUUCUGUUCAUUGUCUUCACAAAAUUGCGCCAACACCACAAAAAUAUUCCUUCAUCGUCCAGCGGAAGCUCAAGUACGUCAGAGUCCACGCUUAGAUCAACGGGGACGUCGUCUCCUCUUGAAGACGAAACUUUCAGCAACCAACCUUCAAAAACUUAUCGAAAUCAAAGAACUAAAAAAGGCGAUAGAAGGAGAUCGUCACACAGAAAAAGGACGCGAAGGACAGAAUUCCUUUGUGAUGCAGAUCAUGUACCAAGAUGUACCUGUGGCGAAAUUUCCGAACUAGACUCGGCCACAGGAAGUAAUUCUGCUAGCGAAUUCUCGCCUGUUAAGGCUAUAAGCGGCGUGGAAAGGGUGCUAGUUCGUGAAGACGUGGAUUGUGACUGUCCCGAAUGCCUCAGAAAUGACAGGUAUCCCUUGAAUGGAUGCCUGGAAUUUCGAGCCCCGGAGAAAAAGUAUUACGGAGACUGGAUGUUAACGGAAAUGCCGGCAGAGAACAAAUUUCAAACAAAUCAGCGUAUUUAUAGGGAUCCUUGUCAAGGUUUUGUGUAA